AUGUAUGAAUUCUCAUGGAAAGGGUUUUCCUGGGUCCUAGAAAAAGAUUUGGAUCUCGGUUCAAUCGGAGUUGAACAGAGAGAAGAUCUUUUGAAUCACGGAAUGAUUUUUUGGAAUCAUUUUUUGCUCAUCAAGUAUACCCCUACACCCAGCGACUUGUUGGAAUGCAUGUACCGUGGUAUGGCUGCACAGUGCCAUCCAAACCAGCCAGGCUUUGAUCAAAUCUUUACAAUCUACCUUAAACGAGAUUCAGAUGAUCUGGAUCCAAAGAACGUUUCAUUCUGUGGGAUUCAGGUCAAAAACCGGAAUACGACCAUCAAUGUAGAAGAUGAAAAUUACAGGACCGAUAGUUACUCAGGAAUUCAACUCAUGCAGCACAACCCUUACCUGAUCAUAUAUAUGAACUUGAACAGUCCUCAAGACACCAUAUCCACUCUACCUGAUCUUCCAAGUCGAACUACUUGCAGUGGCAGCAACAUUUGUAUUGAUGAAAACAAACGGCGAGCUUCUCUGUCAUUCGAUGGUCUGAAGAGUUUUAAAUUUCUCCACCAAGAUGUAAUUGAUGCCUUAAGAGACUUGAUCCAUGCUGAGCCGGAUUUCGUAGAACGUAAAACUAGCAAAAGUGGGAAACAAUACAGCAAGAUAGUUGACCCACACCUACAGAAAAACUAA